AUGUCAAACAAGUACGCAUUGAUCUUUGCCCUGGCAGCCCUCUGCUGCCUGGUGGCAACCACCGAGGCAGCUGCACAGCGACGCAACGGCCUGGUACGCACGCCCAUCGAACAGGCGGACGAGAUCCAGCCAGUUGACGCGGACAACGAAGAAGUCGAAGAAGGCCAAAUCGAUGAAGAGGGCGAUCAGGAGGGUCGUGAAGAGGCUGGCCAGGUUGCAGUUCAAUCCAACGAGCAUCGCAACACCGCCAUCGAUAAUGGGUCAAAGAAAACGGUUGCUCGGCCCAGCAACGAAGAUGGCCGUGCCAGGCGCGUCGUCCGCAGGCGUCGUGGCAACCGUCGCAACAGGAGCAACCGUCGUCGUCGUGGUGGUCGCAAAAAUCGCAGUGGCGUCCGUCGCACCAUCAGAAGGCGCAGUGGCAAGCCCCUGAGGGGUUAAGCCAUCCAUGCUACACACACUCAAUCCGAUACGGACACACCGAUGUACUUAGGCCAACACAAUACACACACACACACCAACACACGC